AUGCCGGAAGUGCCUACCAUCGUCACGGGCAUCAGUGAUACCGCCCGUUACAGGAUGGGCAGAACUCCCACCCAGAUCAAACCUCAGCGGACAAGUUUCAGCCGAAUCGUCAAGAACUGUGCCGUUUUCGGGUUGCCAAUGCGGUCCAAGGGCAACCCCCCGCCCAAAGCCGGAAACAUAUAUUCGACGACUGAGACAUGGGCCCCGGAUGCUACGCCUGCGCAUCCGGACGCAUACAAUGAGGCCCGCCCAGAGACGUCGGAUGGAUCUGCUUGGGGUUUCUUUCCGAUCGCUGGAACACAGUGCUGUCGUUUGAGCCUCUUGUAA